AUGGCUAUUGACUGUCUUUUUACGCCUGCUCACCAUCUUGGUACCUUUGAGCUAAUGAAGUGUGACAUUAGGACUGAUCAGGCCGUCGGCCCACAUCCUCCCAUUCUCAGGGGUCUUCGCCAUGUAGCAGAUGCCCUCAAGGCAGCCGGGCAAAAGGUGGUUGAUUGGGAGCCGCCGCUUCAGACUACCACUAAGCGGGUUCAUGUCUCCUUCCUCCUAGCAGACGACGGAAACGACAUCCACCCCCACCUCGUUCUUUCAGGAGAGCCCCUGAUCCCCGACCUCCAAGAACCAUUCCAGCUCAAAGCCGCAAAUUGA